CUGAUUGUUGAAUUAAUGCUGUUGUUGUUGACUUUCUUUAAAACAGCUGUAACAUCCAGCAGCGGCACUACAUCCUCUAAUUCGAUAAGAUGUCGGCUAUGUAAUAGAGCUAACACCCUUUCAGACUGUAACAAACUUGUUACAUGUGACAGUACUUUGGAGGACUGUUUCAUGGACGAGGGGAUAACAGAUCAGCUUACUACAGUGUACGUUGGUGGAUGCAGAGCGAAAGACGUAUGUUCCCAGUCAGGAAGAAAAAGGAGAGGCGAUCUAUUAACUUGCUCGAGGUGUUGUGGUCUUGAGGACUGUAACAAACGUCUUUGUGGCAUAAAAGAUGAUACUAUAAACUCGUCUCAAUGCUAUUCUUGCGAUCACAGAACUUCCGUGCAAUCUGAAGUGAAGGACCCAAUGAAAUGUGUCACAUUAGACACGUGCCAGCCCAACGAGAUGUGUUACGCCAACCAGGCCGACAUUGGCGGCGCAGACACGUUCUUCUACGGUUGUAUGAGCAAACUGCGAUGCGGAAUUCUCAUGCAACAAGCAUACGAAUAUUAUAAGAUCUGUGUGGCUAACGUCACUGCGCCGCCCAUUGGAGAAACAUGGCUUACCUAUUGCGGAAACACUGCCAAACGAUCAACAGAUCUAUGUCAUUCAUGCUGCGACUACGGCGGGUGUAACUACGGAACAUGUAAAGAAUUAAACGAACGGAUGUUUAAACUGGCAAUUAACGGGAAGUUUGACAUGAAGACACUCAAACCUACAUAAACAUCAGAAAGGAGCUGUUGCAUGUAUGCAUGUCAUUCAUAUUCUUUUCUAUAAGAAAAUAAAACAUGACAUGUAGUACUGAGA